UCAGCGGGUUUAACUUGUGCUCCAGUGAUGAAGGUUGUUCUGUUCCUCCUCUCCCUCACGGUGUGUCUGAAGUCUUCCUGUGUCCUGGCGAAGGCUUUGGAGUUCUUCAUCGCAGCAGUGGAAACUAAGUGGGAAUAUGUGUUUACAGACACAACAGAUCCUACUGCAAACCAGAGGAAAUUUGCAUCUGGUGUCCAGAAAUACAUCAAGGCUGUAUAUACAGAAUACACUGAUUCCACUUUUACAGCACCAAAGUCAAAACCUCCCUGGGCUGGUAUUCAAGGCCCGACUAUCAGAACAGUGGUGAACGACAGGGUUGUGGUGCACUUCAAAAACUUUGCAUCACAAUCUUUCAGUAUUUCUCCCAUCGGCAUUCAGUACUGGAAACAAUCAGAAGGCGCGGGGUACGAGGACUCCAGCUCUGUUCAGGAGCGAGAGGAUGAUGCAGUGCCUCCUGGUGGUUACUACAAGUACGUGUGGGACAUUUCCCCCAACUCCGGCCCAACCACAUCAGAUCCAGACUGCCUCACCUACAUUUACUCAUCACAGGUGGACAUCGUCCGAGACUUGAACAGCGGACUCGUCGGGACUCUCCUGAUCUGUAAAACAGAGGCUCUGACCGAGGAGAGACAGCAGAAGGUUCCGGAGUUCAUUUUGCUUCUUGCUGUCUUCGAUGAGAGUAAAAGUUGGUACCGGGAAGUUGGCCGAGCAGACAAACUGAAGAAAACAUCAAGUCCAACCCAGUACCACACCAUCAAUGGAUACAUCAACUCAACAUUACCAGGUCUAACUGUGUGCCAGAAGAGUCCAGUAGUGUCCUGGCAUCUUAUUGGUCUUGGCUCGACCCCAGAGAUCCACAGCAUCCAGUUUGAAGGACACACAUUAAAGGUGUUUGACCAUAAGCGGGUAACUGUAGAGAUGACGCCCAUGACCUUCACUACAGCCCUCAUGAAGCCAUCUGCUACCGGAAAGUUUCUGAUCUCUUGCGAGAUCCACUCUCAUCAGACAGCUGGUAUGAAUGCGUUCUUCACUGUUGACAACUGUCCUGAACCUGUGGUGGCCCCAAUCCCAGACAAACGAAACGUCAUACGUGAUGAUGAUGAGGAGGAGGAGGAUGAAGACAACAUGAUCUCCAUUGUGUUCAAGCAAGGAGGCCCUGUAUCAGUGCUUCGAUCGAGCGCCAAGGGAAGACCUAAAGUGUGGGUUCAUUACAUCGCUGCAGAGGAGAUGGACUGGGACUAUUCGUCUCAAAGCGGCGAUCGGAUUUCAUCGUCAUCAGCAGCAGGAUCUGAGUGGUUCAGAAAAGGUCCUCAGCGCUUGGGUGGUGUUUAUAAGAAAGUGGCUUUCGUGGAGUACACAGACAAGACCUUCACUAAGAAGAAAACCACUGGCAAAAUGCUGAUGGGCCCAGAGCUCAGAGGGGAAGUGGGAGACAAAUUUCAGAUUGUUUUUAAAAAUAUGGCCAGUCGACCAUUCAACCUUUAUCCAAAUGGCCUGACCAGUGUUCAGCCUUUGAAGAACACAAACAAGGACAAACCAGUGGACCUUCGUUCUUUGGCCGUUCCCCCAGGUGAGAUAAUGAUGUACCUCUGGAAACUGACAGCUGAAGAUGGACCCACAGAAGCUGACCCACGAUGCCUCACGCGCUUAUACCAGAGUAUGGUGGAUCCCAUCCGGGAUGUGGCAUCUGGGCUGGUGGGACCCCUUAUCAUCUGCAAAUCCCAAUCUCUGGACAAAAGAGGCAGAGUGGUAACUUCAGAUAAAGAGAAGAAGCUCUUGUUCACUGUGUUUGAUGAAAACAGAAGCUGGUACUUUGAGGAGAACAUGAAAAAAAACAGUGAAGAUCCAACUAAGAUUGACCGCAAUGAUCCAGAUUUCUACAAUUCUAAUGUCAUGCACACUGUUAACGGGUUUAUGUUCAACCACCUACAAUUCAGGAUGUGUGUUGGCGAUGUCAUACUCUGGCAUGUGGCAAGCAUUGGCAUGCAAAACAACUUCCUGUCAGUCUACUUCACAGGAAACACGUUUGAGAGGGAUAAAACAUAUGGCACUGUCCUCACACUCUUCCCAAUGACUGGAGAGACAGUCACCAGUGAAGUGGAGAUGCUAGGUGAAUGGGAGGUCAGCGCAUUUGACCCGUCUCUGAAACAGCGAGGCAUGAGUGUUCGCUACACGGUUGUUAACUGUGAAAGAGUCCUACCUGUGGUGGACAAUGAAGACUACGAUGACGAAUUAAAUGAAUUCAUUGAACAGAAUUUCCCGAUUCCACGAGGCACAAUGGAAAAGGACCGCACUAUCGCUGUUCGCGUGUGCCGAAACAGAACUGUGACAGACUCUGCGAUUGGGCGAGAAAACAUGAGCUCAGACACAGAGAGACAAAACAGAACUCGUGUGUGUGAGAUAAGAUAUAUUCCCAUAAAGCGGGAAAACGAUCUGGAUGUGCUAUCACAGGGCGGUAUUCCACAGGAUAUUUUGGAUCAACUGGACGGGGAGAUGAGCGGAAAUUCAUUGGAACGUCAAAAAAGGUCCCACCAUGAAUCUGAGCCUUACAGAAGAAGGCCAAAUGUGAUUGAUCCUACAGUCACAUCAAAUACAGCAGAAAACAAGGCAUUAACAGGAGAACAUCAAAAUAUGAACAUUGCAAACAUACAGUUGAAUGAAGAUGAUGACAAUAAAACUCAUCCAACAAAUGACCUAUUUCGAAAAUUACUUUUUAAAGAUAAAAACCUGUUGAACCACCAACUUCUAAACAACUCUACGGAAGAGAAAUCAGAGAAAGUGAGGAAUCGAAGGGAGUUGUGGAGCGUCAGCAAAGACAAAAUAAACAAAGUGGAUGCGAAAGUUCAGAGCAACAAUGAAGUUCUGAAAGACUCUGGAAGUUCUGGUCUAAAGCAGGAUAAUAUGGAGGAAAGUUUGAAUCUUCAUAGCUAUGACUACAAAGAUCCAAAGAAGUUCCAACCAGAUUUGGAAUCAGUUUUGGAGCCAGUGUCAAAUUCAUCAGAUAACCAGACCUAUGGCAGGAAAUCACUGGCAAGUGACUAUGAUGAUUAUGGCGAUGAAGGAAGUGUUCUCGGUUUGGAGCAUCAUGUUGAAGAUAAUGUCGGCAUUAGGUCCACGGAAUCAAGGUUCAGAAGUUACUAUAUCGCAGCAGAGGAAAUCAUGUGGGAUUAUGGGAUCAAUAAACCAGCUCAACUCAUCAAACCAAGGGACAUGGGGAGGGGAAUGAGAAAAUAUUUCCCAGCCUAUAAAAAAGUGGUUUUCAGAGCCUAUCAGGACAGAGAUUUCAAGCAUCCAAUCAAACGAGGAGAACUGGACGAGCACCUCGGCAUUAUGGGUCCUGUGUUGAAGGCAGAAAUCAAUGAUGUUCUUACUGUGGUUUUCAAGAACCUGGCAUCCAGACCGUACUCUUUCCACUUGCAUGGGGUGUACGAUAAGACGCAGGGGAGUUUUAGCCCUGGAACGGGCCCAGAAGGCACCAAGGCCGAACAAGUACCAGGUGAUCCAGUUCCUCCAGGGGAGGAGAGGGUUUACAACUGGAGAAUCUCCAGACGACAAGGUCCCUCAGUGUCAGAGUUUGACUGCAAGGCUGGAGCAUACUACUCCGAUGUUAACAUGGAGAAGGACAUAAACUCUGGUCUAAUCGGUCCGGUGCUGAUAUGUCGUCCUGGUAUCCUUCGUCCACGCGACUUGCUUCAGCCCGACGUGAUGGAUUUCUUCCUUCUCUUCACCACCUUUGAUGAAAGAAAGAGCUGGUACCUCGACUACAACACCAGGAAGUUUUGCACCCCUCCCUGCCAGGCCAAAGUAGAUGACCCAUGGUUCGAGAUGAGCAACAAGUUUGCGGCUAUUAAUGGCUAUGUGUCAGAGACGCUUCCUGGCCUGAUAGUUGAACAGUACCGGACGGCUCGCUGGCACCUCCUCAACGUUGGGAGUCAAGGCGAGUUUCACGCCAUACACUUCCACGGACUGCCGUUUGGAGUCGGAAAAGAUCAGGAACACCGUAUGGGAGUUUUCAAUCUCUAUCCCGGGGUUUUUGGGACGGUGGAGAUGAGGCCAGCCAUCGUAGGCACCUGGUUAAUAGAGUGCACUAUAGGAGAACAUCAGAUGGCAGGCAUGAGGGCCAAGUUGCUGGUCUACAACCCACGAUGCAUUCAGCCAUUGGGAAUGCAGUCGGGAUGGAUUGACAACAAACAAAUAACAGCCUCUGACCACUCUGGUGACUGGAAGCCAAGUUUAGCCAGACUUGAGUUAUCUGGCUCUAUUAAUGCCUGGAUGGGCAGCGGCACAGACUCCUGGCUCCAGGUGGAUCUGCUGAGGCCCAUGCUUCUUCAUGGCAUUCGGACUCAGGGUGCAAAGACCUCGAUGGGUUUGAGCGAGUAUUUCACUAUCCUGUACACCGUCAGUUACAGCAUCGACCAGGAGAACUGGACUACCUACCGAGGAAACAGUACCAAGUCAUCUUACACCUUCAAUGGAAACAUGGACGGUUCCAGAAUAAAGGAGAACUUGUUUUCUCCACCCAUUGUGGGUCGCUACAUCCGAAUUCACCCACUGACUUUUCAGAAGCAGCCCACACUGAGGAUUGAGCUGCUGGGAUGUGACCUUAAUAGUUGUUCUAUGCCGCUGGGAAUGGAGCGCAGGUUGAUUCCCAGCAGCAGCAUCAGUGCCUCCUCGUUCUUAAACAAGUGGUUACUGUCCUGGAGUCCCGACCUCGCUAGACUCCACCAGGAGGGGCGAGCAAAUGCAUGGAGACCCAAGACUAAUAACCCUCAUGAGUGGUUACAGGUGGACUUUCUCUCUGUGAAGAGAGUGACCGGGGUGGUCACACAGGGGGCCCGAUCUGUCCUGAAACCAAUGAUAGUCACUGAAUUUACCGUCUCUAUUAGCAAUGAUGGUCACAAAUGGUCCAGUGUGAAGGAGCAGGGCACAGACAGUGAAAAGAUCUUUGAGGGAAACAGCGAGUAUGAUGAAGAGGCGCUGAACGUGUUUGAUCCUCCCCUGUUCGCUCGCUUUAUACAGAUUCACCCGAAAGGCUGGGUCAACGAUAUUGCCCUGCGGCUGGAGUUUUUGGGCUGUGACACUCAACCAACCCUUUGAGAGAAAGUGAGAUCGAUCCAUUGUGGUUGAAAGACACAGUUUUUGACUUUGUCUAAACGUCUAAAAACCACACGGCUCUGUUCCAAACUAUAUGUUUGCAUCAUAGUAUGUGACUGAUCUGCUAGGCCGGUCUGGUGAUUUUAGAGUGGUUUUGUGCACUUGUCAGCUGGGAGACUGCCUAUGAUGCCUUAAAAUGCUGUCUAGGCAGGCAGCUCACUUUGGCUUUGGACAGAGCCCACAUAAGCACUACAUAGGUUUAUCUCUAGAACAGGUUUUUGUCAUGUGAUAUGAUGAUUUAUGUGUUUUGAAUCUGGUUGUUUGUAUGUUCUAAGUGUUCUGAUCAGUACUCUGCUCAUUUUACUGUCUGCUUUUGAGACAUUAUAAUUAUUAUUAUAGGAAAUAAACUACCAAUAUCUAUUUUUCUAAUAAAUGUACCCUUGCAUAUUAAAACUCACAGAAGAUUGUUUGUUUGGUUAUUAGAUGUUUGUAUAUUCUGGACUGGAAUAACUACGGAAUCCGCCAUAUGCUGUACUUUUGUAUUUUGCACUGUGAAACAGGAGGGAGAUUAUUAUUUUUUUCAAAUAUUUAAUGUUUAAUUGUGGAAAUAAAAAGACUAUGAAAAUGCCUUGAUUUUCCCAGCGUCUUUGUGCUUUGUGUUUCUUUGACAAAUAUUAUUCUUUCACAGACUGUUUUCUUCCCUUUUGGUGUUUUGCCAGUAAAAGUCAGUGAAUCGGUUUUCAACACCUGGCAUACAGCAUUCUUAUUA